AUGUUUAAAGAUGUCAUUUUGAGAUUACCGAGAGAUAAUCAUGCAAAACAACAAAUGAUUGAAUUUUGUCAACAUUAUGAUUGUGGAAAUGAAAAAGAAUUAAAAUUUAUUCAUGAAUUUGAAGAUGACUAUAAAUCGAAUAUGGCUAUUAGAUGGUAUACGAAAGACACAUUUCUCUAUAAAAUAGUAAAUAGAGCAUUGAGAACUGAAGACAUUGAACAGUUACAUAUAUUUCGAUUUUUUAUUGCUGAUUUAUCAUUUAGUCUUGCUAUUGAAUAUGAAAAAUUGCAAAAAACAGAUGAAAAAAUCAUUAUGCUUUAUCGUGGACUAAAAAUGGAAGAAGAAGAACUUAAAACUUUAAAACAAAAUGAAGAUCGUUUAAUUUCAACAAAUGAAACAGACUCAAUUAUCUUUGCUGAUAUUGCAGAAUUUAGUGAUUAUGCAGGUGAAUUAGAAGUUUUAUUCGAUCUGGGAUCAAGAUUUGAAUUAGUUUUCGUUAAGGAAGAUGUAGAAUUACAUCUGUGGUCAAUUAAACUAAGAGCUAGUGAUAAAGAAUCAAAAGUUGCUAAAGAAUAUAUCGAACUAAAUAGAAAAGGAGAAGAAGAAUUUAGUAUUGAACUUAUAUUUGGCAAAUUACUAAUUGAUAUGGGACAAUAUGAUCAAUCAUUAAAAUAUUUUCAAAGUUUAUUAUUAAGUGAUCAUACAGCAAAGAAUGAUAUCGCAAAAAUUAAUAAUCUAAUUGGAUCAACGUAUUAUAAUAAAGGUGAUUUUGAGAAGGCACUUGAAUACUAUGAACUAGUUUAUAAUUUAAUGAUGAAUAAUAAACCAAUGCGAAUAAAAGAUUCAGCGAAACCAUUGACAAAUAUAGGUAUUGUUUAUCAUCUACAAGGACAAUACGAUCGGGCACUUGAAUUAUAUACGAAGUCUAUAGAAAUAUUUGAAAAAUAUUAUAGAAAAGAACAUAUACAAGCAACAACAACACUUAUGAAUAUUGCAAGUGUACAUUCUUCUCCUAAAAUGUCUCAUAAUAUCUUACAAAGAUUUUUACCACAACAUGCCCUUCGAGUUAUUGAGAAUUUUAAACCAUCUGAAAUUCCGAAAAAUCCAAUUGUACGAUUCGAUAUUGUACCAAAUGUCUCGAUCGAAACUGCUGUAGAACCACUUGUUUCACUUGUUCCGAACGUUAAAGAAAUGGUAUCCAAAGCGAAACAAAAAUGUGAUAGACCAAAAGAUGGUUUAACAAUUGAUGAAUCUACUUCAAUUAUGCUCUAUUCUCUUGAAUGGGAACCAAGAGAAAAUUCAUUCUAUAUUAUUCUUAAUAAUACUUUACGAGCCGAAGAUGAAGAAAAAUUAAAACCAUGGCAUCCUUAUUUGAAAUUAUUUGUUACGGCACUUGAAAAAUUACCAUCAAUAUCUAAAACAACAUAUCGAGGAGUAAAAAUGAAUUUAAGUACGCAAUAUCCAAUUGGAAAAACAUUUGUUUGGUGGGGUUUUUCAUCAUGUACAAGUUCAAUAGAAGUACUUCAAUCAGAACAAUUUCUUGGAAAGACAGGCAGUAGAACUCUAUUUAAUAUUGAUUGUGAUUCUGGAAAAGAUAUUCAACAACAUUCAUUCUUUCCAACAGAAGAUGAAAUAUUACUUGUUGCUGCUCGAAAAUUUAAAGUCGUCUCAUGUCUUGAUUCGGGCAAUGAUCUUCAUAUAAUUCAAUUGAAAGAAAUUGAAUCAGAUUAUCCACUUCUAGGAUCUUCACGCAAAACACAUGACUCUAAUCGAUCGGACAAUAUACUUUCAUCGAGCUGUCGUGAAGAUUCAACAACUACUUCUGUAGGUUCAUCUGCAUCUCUAAGACCGACUCCACCAAUAGCACCGAUGCCACCUCAAUUUCCGGCUGGACCCAUGUUUCCAAAACCACCUAAUUUCCCGCGCUAG